UAGCUCUUCACGUGGCAGAAAGCUUAGGUGGUGAGCAGCUUUCCCCAAGCCUCUCUGGAAUUGGGUAAAGGUUGGCUUGGGAAUUAGCAGGAAUGGCACGAACAGGUGGGAGAGAGUGAUCUCCAGGUCUAGUGCCAAAGCCCUAGAAGGGGAAGUACAAGGCAGCAGUGACAGGGGCAGGGGAGGGUAUGGGGCGCACCUUAUUGAGGUGAGGUGGUCUUGCAGAGCUGGGGUCUGAGCUCUACUUUGGGGCUCUGUGGUGCCUUUUUUAUCCCCUACCUCAUCUUCCUCUUUACCUGUGGCAUUCCUGUCUUCCUCUUGGAGACAGCACUGGGCCAGUACACCAGCCAGGGAGGCGUCACAGCCUGGAGGAAGAUCUGCCCCAUCUUUGAGGAAAUACAUCAGACUAAUUCCAGGGAACAUUAACUAUUGGAAUCUCGGAGUUAGUCUCACACAUUUUAAAAUAACUUUGAGUCAGUAAACUUUCAGAACCUGAUAAAGAUGACAGUGCACAGGAAGCCCGGAUAAGGCAGCAGGAGGCAGGGAGAGAAGUCCCCGCCUGCCGUGGGGAGGGCUGUGGGAGCGGGAAGCACGCUCCUGCUGCUGGAAGGGAGAGGAAGGAGCCAGGAGCCUGGGCCCCAGCACUCCUUGAUCCAGGAUGCUGACAGUGGCAUCGGCUAUGCCUCCCAGAUGAUCGUCAUUCUUCUCAACAUUUACUACAUCAUUGUCCUGGCCUGGGCCCUCUUCUACCUCUUCAGCAGCUUCACCAUCGACCUUCCCUGGGGAAGCUGCCGCCAUGAGUGGAAUACAGAACACUGUGUGGAGUUCCAGAGGACCAAUGGCUCCCUGAAUGUGACCUCUGAGAACGCCACCUCUCCUGUCCUCGAGUUCUGGGAGAGGCGGGUCCUGAAAAUCUCUGAUGGCAUCCAGCACCUGGGGGCCCUGCGCUGGGAGCUGGCCCUGUGCCUCCUGCUUGCCUGGGUCAUCUGCUACUUCUGCAUCUGGAAGGGGGUGAAGUCCACGGGCAAGGUGGUAUACUUCACAGCCACAUUCCCUUACCUCAUGCUGGUGGUCCUGUUAAUUCGAGGGGUGACACUGCCUGGGGCAGCCCAAGGAAUUCAGUUUUACCUGUAUCCAAACCUCACCCGUCUGUGGGAUCCCCAGGUGUGGAUGGAUGCAGGCACCCAGAUCUUCUUCUCCUUCGCCAUCUGUCUAGGGUGCCUGACAGCCCUGGGGAGCUACAACAAGUACCACAACAACUGCUACAGGGACUGUAUCGCCCUCUGCUUCCUCAACAGUGGCACCAGCUUUGUGGCCGGCUUUGCCAUCUUCUCCAUCCUGGGCUUCAUGUCCCAAGAGCAGGGGGUGCCCAUCUCCGAGGUGGCUGAGUCAGGCCCUGGCCUGGCUUUCAUCGCCUACCCCCGGGCUGUGGUGAUGCUGCCCUUCUCGCCCCUCUGGGCCUGCUGCUUCUUCUUCAUGGUCGUCCUCCUGGGACUGGAUAGCCAGUUUGUGUGCGUAGAGAGCCUGGUAACGGCACUGGUGGACAUGUAUCCCCGUGUGUUCCGCAAGAAGAACCGGAGGGAGAUCCUCAUCCUCGGAGUGUCUGUCAUCUCCUUCUUCAUUGGGCUGGUCAUGCUCACAGAGGGUGGUAUGUACGUGUUCCAGCUCUUUGACUACUAUGCAGCCAGUGGCAUGUGCCUCCUGUUUGUGGCCAUCUUUGAGUCCCUCUGUGUGGCUUGGGUCUAUGGAGCCGGGCGCUUCUAUGACAACAUUGAAGACAUGAUUGGGUACAGGCCAUGGCCUCUUAUCAAAUAUUGUUGGCUCUUCCUCACACCAGCCGUGUGCACAGCCACCUUCCUCUUCUCCCUGAUCAAGUACACCCCGCUGACCUACAACAAGAAGUACACAUACCCCUGGUGGGGAGAUGCCUUGGGCUGGCUCCUGGCUCUGUCCUCCAUGGUCUGCAUUCCUGCCUGGAGCUUCUACAAACUCAGCACCCUCAAGGGCUCCUUCAGAGAGAGAAUUUGCCAGCUUGUAUGCCCAGCUGAGGACUUGGCCCAACGGAACCAAGCAGGACCCUCUUCCCUUGCCACACCCAGGACAUCGCUUCUCAGACUCACAGAACUGGAGUCUCACUGCUAGGGGGCAGGCUCUUGUUCAGUGCCUGUGGGCCUGGCCUUGGAGACAGCUGCAGAAAAGGAGGGCAGACCCAGCCUUCUGUGCUUCUAUGCCCCCCGCCUGGGGUAGAUAAGACAGAGGGGAUAUUUGGGAAUCCACCUUCUGAGCUGGUUGCCUCCCACCCCAACUUCCCUGCCCCAGGGGUGGCUCAACAGGUGUGACAUGCCAGUAUCAAGAGCAUAACCUCUGAGACGGGCUGGAGAAGCUGGGUGAGGGCUGGUGCGUGGGCUGAGAGGUCUGUUUGGCUUCUGGGCCCUCUUACCCUUCAUUCCAUUAAACCCAAGUUGUUUCCACCGA